CCUAAACGUUAAAAUUACGUUCAAUACCAUAUCUCUUACCCACUUGUUCCCCAAGAAAUCUAAGGGCAGAUCUGUCAUCCCACCUACUCAUCAGUUCAAUCGUUCUAUAUAUAUCAUAUACGUAUGCAACCAGCCACCGCAAAUCCUACUUCGUUUCCAUAUUCAGCAAGCAGCUUAGCAGAUUUAUCUAUCUUGGUAUUGAAUUACUUAGAUCCAUGAAGAGAGGCAGAGAGGACGGAGAUGAGCUACGGACGGCAGACAUGGCGGCCAAUUUCUUGAUUCUACUCUCCAGAGUCGGCGAAAUUGACGCCACCAGAAAUAUACGCAGUAGUAGUCCUACUACUGCUCGUGCUUUUGUCUGCAAGACGUGCAACCGGCAGUUCCCGUCGUUCCAGGCACUGGGAGGGCACAGGGCUAGCCACAAGAAGCCGAGGCUGAUGGCCGGAGACCUAUUUCAUCGCAUUCCGACAUCUCCGGUGAAGCCGAAGACGCACGAGUGCUCCAUAUGUGGGCUCGAGUUCGCGAUCGGACAGGCGCUGGGUGGGCACAUGAGGAGGCACAGGGCAGCCAUAAGUGAAGGCUUGGUGAUCAAACACGCCGUGCAGGCCACGCCGGUCAUGAAGAAGUCAAGUAGUAAAAGGGUUUUGUGCUUGGAUUUGAACUUGACACCGGUGGAAAAUGAUCUCAAGAUGUCCAGUUGGUGAUGAUGGGUUUAGAUCAGAUUGUUUUUGUUGAAACUUUUCGAUACAUAUAUACGGUUUAGUUAAGUUGGGAUUUUCUAGUCAGUUUUUUUUCAGUUCUUGUUCAUAUAGAAUUUGUUUUUACUUCGAACUUUUUUCAUUUUGUUAUUUUAUUAAGUUAAGUUAUUUGUAAAAUAUUUUACCAUAAAAUAAUGUUGUUAUCGAAUUACUAUAAUUUGAGAGAGAGAACCACUUCCAAUGGAAGAGAAUGAGACAGAUCAACGAGAUCAUGAACCAUUUCGAUACAA